AUGCUGUCGACUAGCCCUCCAUGUCUCGAGUACGAACCUGUGCAAGCAGCCGCCCUCAUUGCCCAGCAGCAGCAGCAGCAGCAGCAUGAGCUCGUGACGGCAGACCGUACACCUUCUCCUCGCUCCAAUUCCAAUGGCACCCAAGCCAUCAGAGGCAGAGACAGAGAAGCUGGCUGGCUGGCUCCUGGCAAGCUGCUCCAACGCAUACAAGCGCCGGUCCCAGCCCGAGCAAACAACUCCAACCGCAACACUCUGCUGUUCGUCCCGAAUCUCUCUCGCGGAUUCGCAGAAGAAAUUCCACCGCUUUCGACAUGCCUCCAAGCACGAGAACGUUCCACAAGCACGACUAUGGAGAGCAACGCCUCCAAGAAACUGCGGCAGGAUGGCAAGGACAACCCUAUCAAAGACACGCAACGGAUCCUUUCUACCGCAGAUAUAACUCGGAGAUUGCUCGACUUGCACGAUUUUGGUGUGAUGACCUCCAUUGCAGACGUGGGACGUACGGGUAAACGCUUGCGCCGUUAUACUACAGCCGGCGAGAGCGGUACCAACGUUACUGGACUACCAAAGGAGGCCGAUGUUGGUACCAAGAGGUUUUCCGACUUUGACCUUGCCGGCAAUGCAUUUGUCGUUACAGGAGGUGCUCGAGGCUUGGGCUUGGCCCUGGCAGAGGCGCUUGUUGAGGCAGGCGGCAAAGUUUACUGCCUUGAUCGACUACCAGAGCCCGAUCAAGAAUGGCAAAGAGCUCAGCAGCGCGUCGUUCCUGAAUGGGGUGGCACUUUAGAGUAUAGGCAACUGGACGUCACCAACACGUCCGAACUCAACAAUCUCAUGGAAGAGAUUGCUUCUGAGAAUGGGGGCCUACAAGGCGUCAUCGCAGCCGCUGGUAUACAGCAGCUUACACCCGCCAUAGACUACACGGUAGAAGACGUGGACAAAAUGAUGCAAACCAACUACACAGCAGCUUUUAUGACAGCUCAGGCAGCGGCCAGGAUGAUGCUCAAGUACAAAAGCCGCGGGAGCAUCUGCUUUGUGGCCAGCAUGUCUGGCUCUGUGGCAAACAAGGGCCUGUUGUCCUCGGCAUACAACUCCUCAAAGGCAGCGCUGAUACAGCUGGCACGGAACCUUGCCAUGGAAUGGAGCUCCGUCAAAGAAAACGGCGAGGGCGGUAUCCGCGUCAACUGCCUGAGCCCGGGACACAUCGUCACGCCAAUGGUUCUUAGGAACUUUGAACAGGUGCCGGGCUUGAGAGAGACAUGGAGUCGGGAGAACAUGAUGGGUCGGCUGGCGGAAACGAGCGAGUUUAAGGGCGCUGGACUGUUCCUCAUGAGCAAUGCCAGCACGUUUAUGACUGGAAGCAACCUGGUUAUCGACGGCGGGCAUACAGCCUGGUGA